GGUAUAGAGGUUCUUUUCUCCGUUCAUUUCUCCGUUCAUUUCUCCCCUUUUUUUUCCUCCUUUUUCUCCAUUUUUUGGCACUCUGCGAAAAGGGCCUUCACCUCGAUGUGCACAGUUUGUUGGCUCUCCCCAGCUGGCUUGCAGCCGGUGGGCUUGGAACCCCGCGGAGGGAGGGACAAGCAGGAGUGACGCAAAUGUGACGCAAAAGUGAUGCAAAAGUGACGCAAAAUUGUUAGGGAGCCGCCUACCCAGCCCAGCGUCGAAGGAGGAAUUGACCCCCACAAAGUUGCUACGCGGUGGGAAGCGGGAUUCACACAGUUUAUCCUUUUUACAGCGAAGGGAAGCGUGUUCACCAGAUCGCAGUUUUGCCGUAUUGCAGCUUUCCCAGUUGGGGUUUUCCCCCCCUGUGGGUGCUCUACUCAGGGGGCUCCCACAAUGAUCCCCAUUAUGCGUGUACGGGGGAGACCCACGUUGGCAGACCGCAGCACCGUGUGCGCCGUAGCGCGGAGAAGCUUUUACGCCUCAAAAUGGGUAAGGCGGUUACAACUGCUAAACGAAAAAUACAAUUACAAAAUAAAUGCAGAGGAACAAGCAGAGUACGAAGAGAAAAAAGAAGACGAUAAGAUUGAAAAGGUUUACCCGUUGUGGAACAGCAGGAGGACAGGGCUGCUGGCGUACAAAGUGGGGUGUAUGAGCAUAUGGGAUGUGUGGGGAGUGAAGCACGCAGUGACGGUUGCCAAAAUAAACCACUGCUACGUUUUGAAUCAAAAAAAUAUAACAAAAAAUGGGUACGAAGCGCUGGAAAUAGGAAUAGGCAACAUGAAUGUUGUUAAGCAGAGUAAAAAUAAUAUUGGCAAUUAUAUAAAAAGGAAGCUGGGGUUUAUUCACAAAAUAAAAGAAUUCAAAUGUACCAGUGAUUGCUUUCUCCCUGUACAGCACAAAUUUUCUGCAAGGCAUUUUUCCCCAGGCCAAAAUCUGUUCAUCAGCUCUACUAUAAAGAGUAAAGGUUUUUGUGGGGCCAUGAAAAAGUGGAAUUUUAGCGGCAAAAAUGCCUCCCAUGGAACGGAGAGUAAAGCACAUAGAAGCUUAGGUAGUGUCUCCAUGGGGAAAACAGUUAACAUUGUCUUUAGGAAUAAAAAAAUGAAUACCCAUAUAGGGGAGAAGACCCUCGUCAAAUGUAGCAACAACAAACUCUUUAGAAUCAACAGCUUGCAAAAUCUGCUCUUCAUUAAGGGACCCAUUGGUGGCUACAAAAAUAAAAUUAUUAAAAUUUCGGACGCCAAGGGGAGGGCCUUUAACAAAUUUAAGGACAAAAUCUACCUCUACUAUCCCACCUUUAUAUAUAAGAAGAACAGGAAGUACAAGAACGUCAUUGACAUGCCCCACAGCUUGCAGGACCCCUUCCUCUACAACGAGAUUCCGCUCUACGAGCCGACCAACAAGUAG